UGCCAGCCAUGCCCGCCCUGCGGCCCGACCCCGCUGGCCAACAGCUGCAACGAGCCCUGUGUCAGGCAGUGCCAGAACUCCACCGUUGUCAUUGAGCCCCCUCCCAUGGUGGUGACCCUGCCCGGCCCCAUCCUCAGCUCCUUCCCGCAGAACACCGUUGUGGGAUCCUCCACCUCC